UCCUGGCCUGGCAGGGGAAGGAGAGGCGGCGGGCUGAGGCUCCGAGACAGAAAAACAACCGGGAUAUUUACACCAUUCCGCCGCUGCUCCGCACAGAGGACACGGAACCCGUUCCUGUGGGUGUGGAACCUUCUAGACCCUGUUCCAGUGGAUCUUGCGUCCCGAUUUCCAUUUGAAUGCUGAAGACGCAAUCGUCCCGAAUAUCACCAUGAACAGGAAUAAGCGUGAAAGAGAGUACUACAGUAUAGACGUAGGAGAUUCAACGUUCACUGUUCUGAAACGCUAUCAGAAUUUAAGACCUAUUGGCUCUGGAGCUCAAGGCAUUGUCUGCUCGGCGUAUGACCACAUUUUGGAGAGAAAUGUUGCGAUUAAGAAACUCAGCCGACCCUUUCAGAACCAGACGCACGCUAAGAGGGCCUACAGAGAGCUGGUGCUCAUGAAGUGCGUUAACCACAAGAAUAUCAUCGGCUUAUUAAACGUGUUCACGCCACAGAAGACUCUGGAGGAGUUUCAGGACGUUUACCUGGUGAUGGAGCUGAUGGAUGCUAACCUGUGCCAGGUGAUUCAGAUGGAGCUGGACCAUGAGAGACUGUCCUAUCUGCUCUACCAAAUGCUCUGUGGCAUCAAACACCUACAUGCAGCUGGCAUCAUACACAGGGACCUGAAGCCCAGCAACAUCGUGGUGAAAUCAGACUGCACGCUGAAGAUCCUGGACUUCGGCUUAGCCCGAACGGCCGCCACAGGCCUCCUCAUGACCCCCUAUGUGGUGACGCGCUACUACCGUGCCCCCGAGGUCAUCCUGGGCAUGGGUUACCAGGCCAACGUGGAUAUAUGGGCUGUGGGCUGCAUAAUGGCAGAAAUGGUUCGUCACAAAAUCCUUUUCCCAGGGAGGGACUAUAUUGACCAGUGGAAUAAGGUGAUCGAGCAGCUGGGCACGCCAUCUCAGGAGUUCAUGAUGAAACUCAAUCAGUCUGUGAGGACCUACGUGGAGAACAGACCUCGCUAUGCAGGCUACAGCUUCGAGAAGCUUUUCCCUGACGUGCUCUUCCCGGCCGACUCUGACCACAACAAACUGAAGGCCAGCCAAGCUCGAGACCUCUUGUCCAAAAUGCUGGUAAUAGAUGCGUCCAAGCGGAUCUCGGUGGACGAGGCUCUUCAGCACCCCUACAUCAACGUGUGGUAUGACCCCACUGAGGUGGAAGCGCCACCGCCACUGAUCACGGACAAGCAGCUGGAUGAGCGAGAGCACACUGUGGAGGAGUGGAAAGAGCUGAUCUACAAGGAGGUGCUGGACUGGGAGGAGCGCUCCAAAAACGGCGUGAUCCGCGGGCAGCCGGCCGCGCUAGGUGCAGCAGUGACUGGUGACACCCAGCGCCCCUCAACGUCCUCCUCAUCCGCCAACGACGUGUCGUCCAUGUCCACCGAUCCCACCCUGGCCUCGGACACGGACAACAGUCUGGAAACCUCUGCCUCUGGGCCGCUGGGCUGCUGCAGAUGACCAUCACUUUGUCCCCGUCCCUGUCACUAUCCCAGCUACCACCCGUCUCCACUGGUGUAGAGUUUAGGCCGGCACGGAGCAGCGUCGUUGCCGUCGUCCCACUUCCGUUUCGGACUGACAGUUUCUUUUAGGUCAGUGGAAUAAAAGACAGAAGGUAAGAUUUUUUUGAGGGCACCUUCGAAGCUUUUACACCAAACCAGCGUUCAUGUAAUUUAACUUAGAGUCGAGACUGACGCUGCCGUCGUCUUUGCCAUGCGGAUGUGGAACUGUCACGGUUUGAGGUCAUUUGUAAAGAUUGUAUGGUAAAUAUAUUUUUAAAGAUGUUGUUUUUAUUUUUGAUUUUGCGGUCUGUCAUGUUCAUCUUGGAAUGAUCCCACAGCGUUGGGAGCUCUUCCGUUCUGUUGCUGUUUCCUGGUUGGUGUACAGAUUGCGUGGACUGAAGUUCCAGCCUCAUCAGAUGUCAAAUACUAAGCAAGUUUCUUCGUGGUGUUUGUGAGACAUCAGGUCAUAAAGCAUUUACACGUUUCUUUUAUCUUCAGUGGAAAUCUUCAAAUGCUUGUCGAAUCCUUAAGCUACUGAUUUUUUCCCCUCACUUUGACGCUUACGAAAGAUGCAGUACUUCAUACUGUACUCAGAAUAAUACAGCGACAUUUGAGAAACAAUGUGAUCGACUCCAAUUUUUAAAGCUAAUAUCUAAAGAGGAGUAACUUCAAUGUCAUAGUUCUUUUAUUUAGUGCCGUGUGCAGCCCAGUUUGCUAUGAACGUGGGAAAGUGUUUGAAUGUAAAAAUGCAUUACAGAGGACAGUAAACAUGAACUUGAGUGAUGAUUUGGCAUAAGGCUGUCACAGUCAGUUAUAUUACUAAUUGAUUAAUCUAAUGAUUGCUAUAAUCAAGACAUUGGAUGCCAGACAGUAAAAGCAGUACUGUAUGGUAAAGGAUAAAUAAAGAGACCUUUAAAUAAGCAACAUUAAACUAAACGUGGCAAAUAGUGCAUCUAUAUGGGUUUGACUGUUAGGCUCUGUUUUUUUUAAAGGUUUCAUUAACACAUCAAAUAAACAACACUUGCCGUUGCCCUCUAAAACUGAUAUUAACAAACAUCAAAUAAACAACAAACAUCAAGUAAACAAAUGUCUCUUGCUGCCACCCUUUAAAGGCGAUAUUAACAAACAUCAAUUAAACAGACAUCACUCACCAGCACCCCUCUAAAGGCUUCGUUAACGAACAUCAAAUAAACAAACACUUGCCGUCUCCCACUAAAACUGAUAUUAGCAAACAUCAAGUAAACAAAUAUUACUUGCCACCAUCAUAAACAAUCAUCAAAUUAACAAACAUCAAAUAAACAUUACUUGCCGAAACCCUCUAAAGGCAAUUUUAACAAAAAUCAAAUAAAUAAACAUUACUUGCCGCCAUGCUCUAAAUGCAAUUUUAACAAACAUCAAAUAAACAAACAUCAAAUAAACCUCGGUCACUGCCUCUCUCUGAAGGCUUUGCCACUGAAAUGAUCCCAAAAAGUCAAUGUAAAUGUGAUUAUUUUUAAGGUCAUUUGACCGUGACGGCCCUAUUUGACAGAAUACGGUUACGUGGAUGGAAAUGUAUGGUAUUCUACAAGCUUGACCCUUAAAGGACUGCCCUCAAUGUUUCUCUAUUGAAAAUCUGAGUGUUUACCAUGACUUCAUUAUUACAACACACACUGUACUUCCAGUAACCAGCUUUCAAUAAUUGUAAUAUAGAGUAACUCCAAUAUAAUGCAGUCUGUCUGUAGACUUGUAUGCAUGCUCUUUGACUGUCCACCCCUAUGCUUGAUACUUUGAAUGCAACUACACUAUCACAACCAAAUGAAACAGGUCAGUGUUAACACCAUAUGCAAUAGUAGUGUCUUUUCUUUUAAAGGGAUAUUUUUUGUUGCUAAUUAAAGGAUAAAGUGCCUGGGUCGAAUAUUCAUUCGCAAAUAACUCAUGAAAGGAGUAAAUGAGGUGAAGCCUAUUCAUUUCACCAACCAAAUUCGAAGGCUGUUGGAAUGCUGGUAUACUUUAGCAUGACGUAUACGGUUCUUUGAGUUUUUUACGCUUUUUCGGGCAGUUUUUAGCAAGGUCUUUCAUCAAAGUAAUUCAGAGGUUUGAGAAAGGUGGUCAUACAGGGUUUUCAGCUUUACUUAAACGCAAAUUCCAUUUUUUUCUGGAUAAAUUCAGUGAUUGUGAUGUAAACAGAGAGAUGCAGAGCAUUGUGGUUCAGAUGUCUUUACAGUGGUGGUGAUAGGAACCAGGCGUCGCCGUGACUACAACACAAAUAUAGACAUUUUAUUUACCGUCCAGAACCACCAGACUCAUCUACAUGAGUCUUCUGGAUCUUAUAUGAAUGUUUAUGGUAAAAUAUGUAAAAUAAAUAAAUAAAUAAACUAUCUUGGCCCUGUAGGUACCUUAAGUACACUUUAACACUUCUCAGAACUUUUAGCGGUGGACGUCUGGUUCCUAUCACCACCACUGUGAACAGUUCUGACUCGGUAAGUUUCUCUAGAAACACCAAACCACUCUACAUCUUAACUGUUUAAUUAUGCAGAAAAUUAGAAAAAUGUGGAAUUUGUGCUAAUGCUAAUGUCGGAAAGCAAAAUUUCGUUCUGGAAGGUAAAGCGAUGGGUUAUUGAGAGUUUGCGCGUGUGGUGGCUGGUGGACAACGUCGGAGCUUUGAAAAGCAACCGAAUGCGGAACGUCUGGCCAGCAUGGUUGUAUUCAUCAAUAACGAAGUUAAAGGUUUUUUGCGAUUAGCUUUUUGUUCGUCUCCUCAAUUUUGUUCUAAGUGCUCUUAUGUUUUCUUGACAGCGUUUUGACGUCAGAUCUUGCUUUUCUUCCCGUGUGAUCUCGCGAUUGCAGUUCUCACAUUAUGAUUUUGUUAUAAUCCUAAUUAAAGUAGACUUUGAUGAACUACCUCACUCUAAAUUUCUACAAGCUCUUGGACAUUUAGCUGCCCAUGUGUUAGUUGUUGAGAACGUGUUAAUACAGAUUCCAUUAUUUAUUUAUUUGAAAGUAAACUAUUGUCAAUAGUAGGAAACGUCUAGUUUUGUACAGUAUGUAUAUUUCACUUAGAAAUAAAAGGACUGUAAUGUAAAUGUAAUUUUCUUUUUUUUUUUUUUUUUUUACUUUUACAAUUCAUGUGCAAUACCCUCUGCUGUCUGUGCUUGGUCGUAGGUGUAUGUUUCUCUAGCUGCAGUAUGUUAGCUGUAUGUCCCCAAACAUUGUUUGGUACUGUCCGUUCAGUUCCAUUUAUUUCAAUUCAAUUCACAAAUUUCCUUUUUUUUUUUUUUUUUAAUGAGUUAACUUACCAAAAAAAAAAAAUGGAUGAACUGGGACUCGGCAGCGGUGUGUGAACGCCUAAACAACUCGUAUAAGCUGGUUUGUAGUGUUUGCUAGCAAUAUGGGCCCUGAAACGGUUAAGAAUUCCCGGCUCUGUGUGCACAUUACUGCAUACAGCCAACGAGACGUGCACUACUAGAAUAAAUGCACUGGGAUCUCAAGAUGCCAAUGUUGAAAAAAAUGACAUGUACUGCAAAUAAAUACUUCUGUUUGAAUCGUG